AGCUAUGCCAAGGUGAAGAGCCGUGCCGAGGUUCGRGGUGGGGGACACAAACCCUGGCGCCAGAAGGGCUCGGGAAGGGCUCGCCACAGCUCCAUCCGCUCGCCCCUGUGGCGUGGGGGGGGCAUCGCCCACGGUCCCCGGGGUCCCACCAGCUACUUCUACAUGGUGCCCAUGAGGCUGCGGCUGCUGGCACUCAGGGUGGCACUGAGCGUCAAAAUGAUGCAGGUACGGGGAACUGAUGUCCCCGCAGGGCUGAACGUGCACAGCCUGCUCAAACACCGCACUCUGGUGCUGUCCCUGGGCGCUGUCACCUUCCUGGAGCAGCGGCUGCUGUGGCACGAGCGCCGGUACUCGGCCCUGUACCCGCUGGGGCUGCCCUACAGGGACCUGGCAAAUGGGGUGCUGGCACAGCCCCCCAAUGCCGGGUGACAUCCUGGGGACACCCCAAAUUGGGUGACACCCCUGGGACAGCCCCCCCGCCACGGGGUGACACCCCUGGCACAGCCCCCCAAUGCCGGGUGACAUCCCGGGACACCCCAAAUGGGGUGACACCCCUGGCACAGCCCCCCAAUGCUGGGUGACACCCCGGGACCCGCCAAAUGGGGUGCUGGCACAGCCCCCCAAUGCUGGGUGACAUCCUGGGACCCCCAAAUGGGUGACACCCCUGGCACAGCCCCCCAAUGCCGGGUGACAUCCUGGGGACACCCCAAAUGGGGUGCUGGCACAGCCCCCCAAUGCUGGGUGACAUCCUGGGGACACCCCAAAUGGGGUGCUGGCACAGCCCCCCAAUGCCGGGUGACACCCUGGGGACACCCCAAAUGGGGUGACACCCCUGGCACAGCCCCCCACUGCCGGGUGACAUCCUGGGACCCCCAAAUGGGGUGACACCGUGGGACCCCCAAAUGGGGUGCUGGCACAGCCCCCCAAUGCCGGGUGACAUCCUGGGGACACCCCAAAUGGGAUGAGACCCCCCAAAAUGGGGUGAGACACCCGAGAAUGGGGUGAGACCCCCCCAAAUGGGGUGAGACCCCCCCAAAUGGGAUGAGACCCUCCCCCACUGCGGGGUGACACCUCUGGGACCCCCCAAAUGGGAUGAGACCCUCCCCCACUGCGGGGUGACACCUCUGGGGUGGGGGGACCCCCCUGAAUGGGGUGAGACCCCUUUGAAUGGGGUUUGAUCCCCCCCAGGAUGGGGUUUGACCCCUUUAGAUGGGGGAGACCCCCACCCAAAUGGGGUGAGACCCCCCAAGAAUGGGGUUUGAUCCCCCAAAGGAUGGAUGAGACCCCCCUGAAUGGGGUUUGAUCCCCCCCAGAUGGAAUUUGACACCCCCAGGGUGGGAUCUGGUCACCCCAAACUGGAUCCAACCCCCUCCUCUAUUUGGGGUCAAGUCCACCCCCAGUUUGGGGUCCAGCUCCCAUUUGGGGUCCAGCCCCACCCCCCAUUUGGGGUCCAGCCCCCUCCAUUUGGGGUCCAGCCCCUCCUCCAUUUGGGGUCGGGAGGGGUUUUGGGGCUGUCGGGCACUGCUGUGGCAAUUAAAGGGACAUUUUUCCAGGC